AUGCUUGGGGCAGGUGGGGGCUCGAUGGACCUGCCCUCCCGCCUGUUUGUCAUAUGCGUGGCCUGCGGGUGCCCUGGAGACCGGCAGCUGUUCCUCUGGGCUGCCGGUGCAGUGUGCCCCAUCCCCAGCACUGUGCCCCGAGAGCCCAUCUGCUGUGGGUGCCGGACAGGACUUGGGGGCCGCCUGCCUGUGCCCAGGGCAGAGGCCGCGCUGCCCUACUGGGUACCUCUGACACUGAGACCUCGGAAGCAGAUCCAAAAGAUGGCCCGGGCUUAUAUCCCCAGGAUGUCCAAGGUCUGCCCCUGCCCAUGCCACCGGUUUGGGGGCCGCCUCCCAACACCUAGAGACCAGGCGGUGAUGCCCUACUGGGUGCCGCAGUACCUGAGGACCCAGAAGCGCAUCCUGAAAAGGCAGCAGAAUCUUAAAGGCCUCUCAGAACACCCCCUGGAUUUGCACUGCUGGUACAAUCGAUGGCGGAUCUGCUGUGACAGGCCCCUUCUCCUCAAGUGGCAGCAGCUGCAGGCCCUGCACCAUGACACGCCGGCCCCGGGGAGGGCGGUCAGCCUCCCUGACCCCGUCCUUCUGCCCCUUGGCCUCAGCCUCCUGACUCUCCUCCACACUGUCCUGAGGGUCCUCGCAGCCAUUCGGUGCUCCAGCAUCACCUCCCCAAUAACACUCGCAAUGAACCCUUGUCUCAGGCUCUGCUUCUGGGGAACCCAAGAUAAGACAGAAGUGAGCUCAGCUCUCAUCUCCCUGCCUGUGUUUUCUGGACGCCUGAUGCUGGAGCCACAAGAGGGCGCUGGGCAAGUCUUCAUCUGGAGUGUCCGGAUGGAGGAGCAGGCAUCCGCCCAGCUCAGCACCCAGCUCACAGGAGGGGACAGGCAUGGCCUUCAUUCACUGCAGAUGGGGAGCCACCUUCUCCGUGUCUGUCCAUCACUUUCCCCUGAGAAGAUGAGCGUGUCGGUGGAUCCAGGCUGCGGCGUCUGCACGGGCGCAGGCUGA